GAGGACCCCGCGGAGCCUUUUCCCCGUCUUCCGCCACUCGCUCAGGCACGCCGAGGGCAGUCCUUGUGGGGUCCUCGAGGCAAACCAAGAUGGCUGCCCCCUUGGUGAAGGCCGUGCUCGGGUGCUCGGACCUGACACUGAGCGUGCGGAGUGCUGUCCUGCGGUUCCCAGGGUUCACCCAGGUGAGGUGGAGCCGCUACAGCGCGGAAUUCAGGGAUCCGCAGAUCGACAAGGAGUAUCACCGCAAGCCCUGGGCAGAGCUGACGGAGGAGGAGAAGUUUGAGCGGGAGCUCAGGAAGACCCAGCCCAUCAAAGCCGCCCCGUCGGCGAACACCAGCUCCGUGUUUGAAGACCCGGUGAUCAGCAAAUUCAUCAACAUGAUGAUGAAAGGAGGAAACAAGGUCCUGGCAAGAUCCCUCAUGACACAGACUCUGGAAGCUGUGAAGAGGAAGCAGUUCGAGAAGUUCCAUGCUGCUUCUUCAGAGGAACAGGCAACCAUUGAACGCAACCCCUACACCAUCUUCCACCAGGCUUUGAAAAACUGCGAGCCCGUGAUUGGGCUGGCACCCAUCCUCAAGGGUGGCCGUUUCUAUCAGGUCCCUGUGCCACUGAGCGACCGGCGCCGGCGCUUCCUGGCCAUGAAGUGGAUGAUCACCGAGUGCCGGGAGAAGAAGCACCGGCGGACGCUGAUGCCGGAGAAGCUGUCGCAGGAGCUGCUGCAGGCUUUCCACAACCAGGGCCCUGUGGUCAAGAGGAAGCACGACAUGCACAAGAUGGCCGAGGCCAACCGUGCCCUGGCCCACUACCGCUGGUGGUAGGCGGGGUAGGGGCCCGGGAGCCGCCCAGGGCUCUCUGCUGCAAGACACACGUGAGCCGCUGCUACAUUGAAAAAUACCUGUGCUAAGGAUGUAGUUCCUUAAGGGCGGGUCUCACAGGAAGGGUGGGGCAGUAUAUUUACUGCUUUAGUCUUUGUGGGCUAGAACUCGCUCUCCCUGCCCCAUCUCCUUGCAAAGAGGCAAUACAUGGACUUGGAUUUCCCCCAAGAAACUUAGGGCCCAUCCAGCCUUCUCUUCCAUCUGCUUGGGGUGGACCUUUGGGUGAUGAAAGGAGGCAUUUUAGUAUCCGAAAGGUUUAUUAGGAAAUUCUCACCCUGAACUGUGUAGCAUGUGAUAUAGUACUGCCACCCAUGAAAACGACUGGAGGAAA